AGAAGAAGAGAGAGAGGCACCGCGCUAUAUCAGCAGCGUGGCUUAAACCUUCGACAGAACAAUAACUGGAAAGCUUCUCAGUCGUUCGCGAGACUCCGGGACACAUUUUGCUUACGUUCCAGGAAAUCGAAUCAGCAUGCACGGACACCAUUAACGACAUAAAUCUUUGUGAAGCGUUGUGUAGCGAGGUACAUUUACUCGUAGCUGGUAAUAAGUCCUUUGGCGAUGCUUCUUGGGUUCAUACAGCGCACGUGUGUUUAGGGGACUGAGAUAAAAGAUAUAACCAAGUAUCUUUGAGAUAACUACAAUGGAUAUAUUGUAUUUAUGUUGAGUGUUCACGAAGAAGAUUAUUAGUGUUAGAAAGAUAAUAAUUGUCUGAUUGUCAGCAGCUAUGGCAAAAUUCUGUGGACGACUGGCUGUCAAGUAUUGGGAUAUUUUGUUACGUUUUUGGAAUGACAGUAACGAUCAGCGGGUGAUUUUGAUAUUGUAGUUGAGAAUAUUUUUUUGAGGUUGCAUUUUUUAAGCGAUACGAAUUUUGAUAUUUUAUUGGUAUCUUGUUAUCAUAUACCUUGGUGUCUACGUCAUCUUUAAUAUUUGGCCAUCAUUCCUGGAUCUUCCUCAAAGCAGAGAUUCUUAACUUUUUUGCCGUGACAACGCAGUCAUCCGUGAUAAGAACGAAAGAAAGAACACGCGAUCACAAAGUCUUUUAGGGAUUUUGACAAAUUUCAUUAGACCUUGCAGGCUCAGAUAUUACGAAAUUGGCUGCCAGAUACGCGUUUGAGGUUAGGGUAGCAAAAGGUAUCAGACAUAUAUUGUGCCAGUAGUGAUAAACAUUGUUGCAAACAUUGUUUGGCGCUAAUGAAAAUUGAGAUUGAGCGCAUCGUUUAAACGGGGGGUGCAAUCAGUUAACAUCCAAGAGUGUCCCGUGCUGGCGUCUAGGUUAACAAUCGACGUCGACGUCGGCGUCGGCGUCGGUUGAUGGUAUCGGUGGUGCAAGUAGACGCUGGUGUUGGUGCCAGUGGAGGAUCCGUGGGUUUCGGGGAUGCGCAGCGAGGGCAGAGGGUGCGCUACGAUACGACCGCCUGCCACCACCGGGUAUAAGAGGGACGCCGUGCGUCGCGACGGCACAGACCAGCUUUCCGACGCCCCCGUUUCUGUCCUCUUGGUAUAGUACGACCCAAAUCAGGAUCAUCCUCGUACAUUGCCAUUCUCAGCUUCCUCUUCAGGAUGCUUGGACCUAUUGGGACCUUCGUGUUCUUCGUUUUAUUUCAAAUCUUCGGAUUGGCCGUCGCGACGGCCGCGACGAUACCUGAUCGUGACUACCUUCAGCAACAGAUUCCACCGAGUGACCUAUUAAAGGAUCCAAUUUUGGAUAUGUAUCUUUUAGAAGGAUUUCGUCAGAGACAGCCAUCCACCCACUUUAUCACAGAUUGCCUGUACGUGACAUCAAAAGCUGGCUAUUUCGUCUUCAAAUCACCAAAUGACGAUCCUACAGUGUGCGGAAUUUAUUUCCUGACGGAUCCUGAUCGUCAGGUCGAGUUGCGAUUUACGUUCUUCGAUGUUCCCUGCGAGAGAGGUGGCCUUGCUUCGGUUGUCGAUGGCUGGGAGCUGAACGGAGAAAUCUUUCCAAGCGCAACCGAUCAUCCAUUACCGAUCGAAGAUAGGGUAUCUGAAUUUUGUGGUAAACGAGUGAAGAAAGUUUUCCUGAGCUCCCAGAAUGCAGCGCUUAUUCAGUACAGGAUACCUGCAAAGGGAAAAGGAUUUACAGUGCUGGCACGUUAUCCAAAACAGUCUACCCCCUGUAACGUCUUGGUGGACAGCACUGCAGAUGCAUUUACUUUACGCAAUUAUGGAAGACGAAUCAAUUGCACGUUAAGUGCAAUGUAUCCAGCGGCGAUUCGAGUUAUUGCACUUGGAGUUGGUGUUAAUACUCUCCACGGUACUAAUCGUGAAAUUGAAACUGGAACUGUUCAUAAAUGCGAUAAGAGAGGACUCCACGAUCAGGCACAACUUGGUGGGAGUGAUGGCCUCGAUACCAGCAACCUCGAAAUUUUGGAUUCCAUCUGCGGUGUCGAUUCUAAACCUGAUACCCGCGGACGAAUAGUGGGUUGCGGUGUGACCUCGGUCAGGUUGACCUCUAGUGGUCUUUUUGAUAACUCGGUAACUGUCACCAUUCGUCCGGCUACGGAAAACGAAAUCAUGGAGGCUGAUCUGAUCUGUGGCAUCUGAGGAUCACCAAUACGAAGGUUUUACCACUUUUAUUAAGUUCAGGCUACUCGAGUUGUCAAUAAUUUUUUUUUUAUUUUAUCAAAAUAAAAAUUAAAAGCAUGAUAGAAUAUAUUGCAUUGUUGGAUUUCAAAAAAAAUAUUUUUCGUACCGUUAUUUAUGUAACGCGAUGCAUUAGAGUCUUUUAUGAAAAAUUAUUAUUUCCUGCUGUCAAGCUGCUAUUAAGACCCGAUUGUUAGUCAGGAUCUAUUGUUAUUCGUGAUAUUACAGAUUUAAAAGACAUGCGACAUUCCCCUCUAUGAAGACCGUGAAGUUUAAUUAAAGUGGAUGAAAGAGAUAAAGAAAAUUUCGUUUAGCGAAACCUUUUUCACAAUAAGAUUCAUCAGGCGGAUGUCACAAUCGGGCUACGUUUUCGACCACAACAAAAUCCCGCUCACGCAAAUUAAUAAAAAUCUGAUAUAUAAAUAUAAUGUAUAUUUUGUUAUGUUUAAAUGUAUAUCGUAAAGAUACCUCGAUUAAACUUAAUGUUAGCAUAUACCUGUA